UGUUCCUGAUAAUCAAAACCCCACCAGCACCUUUCAGUUACUCCCCCCAUAUUCCUCAUUGACUGAGCUUGCGUCUGAAUUCGAGGUCGGUACGAGAUGGUUCCACAAUCCAAAUAUCUGCUGAUUGGUUUGCCUGUUGUGACUUUAGCGGGCAUUGCUGUGCUUUGGUGGAAACAGCAUGCGAAAAAGCGCUCUUUUAAGGAAGUCGGGAGUGUUACUGGUCUGUUCGUCUACCCGGUGAAAUCUUGCAAGGGUAUCCGUAUGGACAGUGUGAAAUGUUUCAAGGAAGGGAUGGAGUAUGACAGGCACUGGAUUGUUCUGGAUCCAAAAGGGAACUUUAUAACACAGCGUAAAGAUCCAAAACUAGCACUGGUUGUUCCUCAUUUUGAGGAUGGCAGAUAUCUUUGCCUGAAUGCUCCUGGAAUGGAAAUGUUAAAAAUGGAAAUACAGCUACCAGUGGAUCAAAAGGAAUUCAAACGAAUAAAGAUAUUUGGAAUGGAGGGAGAGGGCCAGUAUGUAGGUGACGAAGCCUCUGAGUGGUUUUCUAAGUACAUGAACAAACCUGGGUAUAAGAUGUACAAGUUAUCCAGGACUCGCAUAAUAAGGACACACGAUGAAUGGAGUGAUAUUGGAGAGGCUGGAGACCAGGCAACAUUUGGGGAUUUUGCUCCAUACAUGAUUCUUGCUGAAGCUUGCUUAGCUUCAUUGAAUCAAGAACUUUCAUCACCUUUGGAAAUGGAGCGAUUCCGGCCUAACAUUGUGAUCAAUGGUUUAAAAGCAUUUGAGGAGGACAAAUGGGAAGGGGGAAGAAAAAUCAAAAUUGGUGAUGUAGUGUUUCGGUACCUGAACCACUGUGCAAGGUGCAGUCUGCCAAUUGUUAAUCCAAAAACUGGAGAGAAAAAAGGAGAAGAGCCUUUGAAAACUUUGCGAAGAAUAAGGCUUCCCGAGGAUAGGGAUCCACGAUAUGACAGAUCCCCUCUGUUUGGGAUCAAUGCCGCUCCAGAUACGGAUGGCAUGGGGGUCAUAUGUCAGGGAGAUAGUGUCAUGAUUUGGUCUUAAGCCAUCUUGGAGGAUAACAUUCCAGUUCUCAUUCAUAUGUUCCAUAACAAGUUUAGCUUCCAAAAGAACUGCAUAAUAUGCAUUAUUUUUUUAAAAGUAAAGACAGUUACUCAGAUCUAAAGUUGUAUUGAUUCUAAUGGUUCAUUUGGGUGCAUGUGCAAAUUUGUUUAGUUGUCUGCAUUUCCUUGACAGACAUUAAAAUGAAUUGAAAACUGUUC